AGGUUAGUUUUUGAGUCUUUGCGCGCAUGUUAUAUUUGCGUCGAUGCCGGGGUGAUUUCUUUGGACAGCAGUGUUUAGUGAGCAGCGCGUCGCAGCCUAAAAGAACUUGGAACUCUUUGAUAACAGCUGCGACGGACCAUGUGUGAGAAGAAUUCUGGCGGCUUUGUUUCAGUGGCAACAGAAUUGUUGAAUUCUGGCAUGUAUGCGGACACUAAAGCCUACCUAUGCGGCGAUGUCCCGGGCUCCAGCAUUUUCAGUCACGGCUGGGACCUCGUUUUGCCUGCUGUGACUGCUUUGGAAAAGGAAAGCGAUGCGGGUUCCAACGAGGGCGUCGCACUUUGCGAAGACGUGCUCAGAGAAGUCGUGCGUCGUGGCAACCCUAAGGAGGUGAUGGUUUCCCUGCUCGAGCAUCUGGCGUUGGUCAAGUCCAGCGGAGGUUUCGAGCUUGUGCUUGAAUGCUUUCAAGAGCUGCUCCGAAAACUGCCGGGGAACAAGGUCAAGUUUCUAGAGUGGGGUUUAGAGUCCUUCUACGGGUACGUGGCACGCCUACCGAAUCCUGAAAAUCACAACUUGGAAGACGAAGAAGUAGCUCUUUUGGACGCUGACCCCGCAGUGCGGAAAAUUAGUCGAAGCCUCGAGGCGAUGACGACGCUUCUUGCAAGCUGCGUGAACUCUGCAGCGAGAGGCGGCCAGGCCACUACUCCAGGUUGUGGUCAAGCGACGGUUGAGCAACAGCUGCUCUUGAAGUACUCUAUCAAGUUUCUGGGGCGAGUGUCUGUUUUGGACAUCACGUCACACCCGAAUAAGGCAAAGAGUGCUGUACGGCUCUGCACGGAAAAGCUGGUGAACCAGAUAACGAAGUUAUCCAAGGACCUAGUUGUGCUUUGCCUCCACAAAGUGACUGAACUGAAAGACCAUGAGCUGGCACACGAAGACGAUAAGGACGAGAAGGAAUUCGUUGCACCCAUCAGCCGUGCGGUGCUUGCCUACUUGAUCUUUGUUGAGUGCCUGGAGCCAGAUCAUGUGCCACUUGUAUAUUCGAGUCGAUACUUGUUUGAAGAAAACUUGAAAGGCAUCCUGCUUCUGCUGUCUGAGAACUAUGGAGUUGUUGUUUCGAAGGGAGUUGCACUCUCUGCAUGUUUGGUGUCUCGCUUAGAGUUUUGCCAGUACUGUUCUUUGGACUUGGACAACAGUGACUUCACAGCACUGUUCCUUUGUCUCAACAAGGUGAUGAUAGGUUGUCCACUAAGGGCUGUGCGAGAAGGUGCUCAGAAGGUGGUGGUUGAUUUUUUCCAGUGCUUUGACAGUGCGGCUAGAUGUGCUCUUUAUUGCCGUUUGUUGCAGGUAGAAAAACAUGCAGGCUUAUGUGGCUUUCUGCUCGAUCUCUUCAGAAAAGAUCUGCACGAAAGCCUCGUAGCUGUGGUUCCCAACAAUCCAUUUGUGGGGAACAACUUUGUGCAGCUUCUCAAACUGGUCUGCAAGCUUCCUGAGCAAGAGCACACAGACCUUCUCGACAACAGUGACUGUAUUUUAGCUGUGCUUAACCUGUUGCGCUACUUUGCAACAGUGAUGCAGCAACACGCUCAAGAUAACCCCACCACUUGCUUGUCCGUCUGUACGAUUGCUGAGGCAUACACCGAAGACGUCAAGAAGUUCCUGGACUUAACGAGAGCACACUACAAGCUUGAGUUAGACCGCAACAAAGACCGUGUCAAGAUGUCAUCGCGACCUGCUAACAGCACAUCACUGAGCAAGGGGGACAGUCUGUUCCCUAGCCUGCCUCCAGACCAAGAGGCCGAGGUCCUCAAGGUGGCGUUAGUGAGACUGGACCUCUUGGAAAGUGUUCUUGUGCUUGCUCAAGAAAAGAUAGGGGCCUAUUCAGCCAAGUCUGCUUCUCGUAAUUGUGACUAGUUAAACCUGUUUCAGCAUAUAUCUGCCUUUCAGUUUCUGAUGACAUGUUAUAUCUGUAGUUGUGACCAGUUAACCUUUUUCAGGAUAAAGAUUGGUUUUCAAAACAUGC